AUGAAAGAGAGCCACGACCUCGGUGUAGCCAUGGACAUGCGCUCGCAAUGCAGUGUGGAUGUUUUUUUAUUUUUAUUUCGUCAGGUUGUUCUUGAGAAGGGACUGGGGCAGAACGGGAUGACUCUGACCUCGCUGAAGGAGGAGGGCUUCCAAGUGGUCUUUGUUGGCAUUGGUCUUCCACAAGCAAACAGGGACAAGAUCUUUGAGGGCUUGACCACAGAACAGGGAUUCUACACAUCAAAGGAUUUCCUACCUUUGGUUGCAAAGGCCAGUAAAAUAGGCAUGUGUAAUUGCCUUUCACAGCUGUCAAAGCUGCAUGGGAAUGUGAUAGUCCUAGGUGCAGGAGACACAGCAUUUGACUGCGCCACCUCUGCUCUCCGCUGUGGAGCUCGACGAGUCUUUGUGGUCUUUAGAAAGGGCUUCACCAACAUUCGCGCUGUUCCAGAAGAGAUGGAGGUGGCCAAAGAGGAAAAGUGUGAGUUCCUGCCCUUCCUGUCUCCUCAUGAGGUAAUCAAGAAAGAUGGACGCGUCGUUGGCCUGCGUUUUUGCCGCACAGAGCAGCAGGGUGAUGGGACCUGGAUUGUUGAUAAGGAGCAAAUUGUCCACCUGAAAGCAGACUUCAUCAUCAGUGCCUUUGGCUCCAUGUUGAACGAUCCAGAAGUGAAGAAGGCCCUGGAACCAGUAAAGCUGAACGGAUGGGGGACACCUGAGGUGAACAGCGAAACCAUGCAGACCAGUGAACCCUGGGUGUUUGCCGGUGGAGACAUCGCCGGCUUGGCCAACACCACCGUGGAGUCUGUCAACGAUGGCAAACAAGCUUCCUGGCACAUCCACAAGUACAUCCAGGUGGGCUCUCCACUCAAUAAGCCAAUCCAUCUCAUUCUACAUUUGGACGUCUUACACAACAUACUUAGUGAUUUGGUGACCAAUGUGUCACCGCGAAUCGUGCGUGGGACUACCUCAGGUCACAUUUUCGGUCCUGGCCAGGGCUCGUUCCUCAACAUCGAGCUCAUUAGUGAAAAAACAGCCGCCUACUGGUGCAAGAGCGUGGCCGAACUCAAAGCUGACUUCCCCAAAAAUAUUAUCAUUGCCAGUAUUAUGUGUGGUUACAACCAAGCUGACUGGACUGAGCUGGCAAAUAUGGCUGAGGACUCUAAAGCUGAUGCUCUGGAGCUGAACCUGUCCUGUCCUCAUGGCAUGGGAGAGAGAGGUAUGGGACUGGCCUGUGGACAGGACCCUGAACUGGUGAGGAACAUCUGUCGCUGGGUCAGAAAGGCCACCACCAUCCCCUUCUUUGCCAAGCUCACACCCAACGUCACCAACAUCGUUGACAUCGCCAGAGCCGCAUAUGAGGGUGGGGCAGAUGGAGUAACAGCCACCAACACUGUAUCUGGACUGAUGGCUCUCAAAGCAGACGCCACACCCUGGCCUGGGAUUGGCAGAAGUGCGAGAACUACAUACGGCGGAGUUUCUGGUAAUGCAAUCCGCCCCAUAGCUCUGCGCGCGGUGUCAGCUAUAGCAAAAGCACUUCCUGGAUUCCCGAUCUUGGCUACCGGUGGUAUUGACUCAGCUGAGUCUGGAUUACAGUUCCUCCAUGCUGGAGCGUCUGUCCUGCAGGUGUGCAGUGCUGUGCAGAACCAGGACUUCACAGUGAUUGAGGACUACUGUUUAGGCCUGAAGACGCUGCUGUAUCUGAAAAGCAUAGAGGAGCUACACGAUUGGGAUGGCCAGUCUCCUCCAACCAUACGCCACCAGAAGGGCAAACCAGUCCCCCGCGUGGAGGAGCUCGUCGGAAAGAGUCUGCCUAGCUUUGGACCGUACUUAAAGAUGAAGACUGAAGUCCUGGCGAGGUACAAGAAGAGCCUUAAAGAUGCAAUGGGCAAUGUGAUCACAGACGCCAGUGAUUCUAGAGUUCCCCUAAGAAACAUCCCCAAAAAACCCAUUCCUAAUGUGAAAGAUGUGAUUGCCAGAGCGCUGAAGCAUAUUGGUGCCUACCAGGAGCUGGACAACAUGGAACAAGUGCAGGCCCUCAUCGAUCCAGAGAUGUGUGUCAACUGUGGCAAAUGCUACAUGACCUGCAACGACUCAGGCUACCAGGCUAUUAGGUUUGAUCCUGAGACCCAUCUUCCUGUAAUCAUGGACAGCUGCACCGGCUGCACUCUCUGCCUGAGCGUGUGCCCCAUCAUCGACUGCAUCAAAAUGGUUACCAGGACAACGCCGUACGUGCCCAAGAGGGGCCUGCCUGUUUAUCCCGCUUGCUAAAGCACGCUGUCGCACCACCUGACCAGAGAGAAAGAAAACCAAGGAGCAGCGUCUCAUUCAAAGCAUCAAUUCCACUUAUAAUUGCUGUGUGAAAAAUUACCUUUAUUAUGAAAACGAAUAAUUAGCCAGCAGAAAUAAUUGCCUGUAUUCCCAAGCCAGGUAUGCUAGAAUAAUUGUGCUGGCACAGAAGAGUUGCAUUAUUUCAAAACAACACAGUGCAAUGUUAUUUUUUGUCCCUUUCAAAAGUGAAAGGGAUUAUUGAUUUAGAAAGAUGGUGAUGUGCUUUUAUUUUCUCUGAUAAAUAAUAAUAUAUAUAAAUAAUAAAGCGAGAAUAUUAAUA